AAGGUCCAAGGGCUGAUUGAAUCAGCCCUAGCAUCUCAACAUGCCUCCUUUAGGCAAGAGAUAGAGCAAAUGGAAGUCAGGCACACCCAGCUGAUAGAGAAAUCUGAAGGAAAACACAGCGCAGAUCUCAAAGAAAUAAGCAAAUCAGUGCAGAAGACUCUGGAGAUUAUCUCUCUAUUGAGUGAAACUGUGAGCAACACGAUGGAAAUAUAUGCCUAUGACAGUCAACUUCAACUCAAAGAAAUCAACAAAGUCAAAGAGCAAAUAGCGAGUGUCACAGUUAGUCUCCAAAAACAGAUGUCCCUUCUCCAAAUGGACAUCAGAUCAGCCCUAACAGUAGCUUCUGCAAAUCAGGUAGUGACCAAAGACUACUUGAAGGUCAUCAUUGACAAUCAAAAGGAAGCAUACAAGCUGUUCAGACUUAUUGGCGCAAAUUCUGGAAACCGCAAGAUGGAAGUAAUUCUCCAACAACACAGUCCAUCUCCAAUACCACAGCUCCCUAUUGCAGUCAAGGAAGGAGAAGUAUCUUAUAUUCCUUCUCAUCUGAACUUGACAAAUCUAAUCCUUGAAGCACAGCAAAGAAAUCCGGAAAACUUAGCACAGCUUCUAUCCAGCUCAGGACUGGAUGGAACAGAAUUUAUAGGUACAGUUGUUGACCACUUCUCAAAUGAUGCUCAAUCAGAAGAGAGACGUGAAAAUUUAAGGCGUAUCAAAGAACUGUGUGGAAACAUGAAGGGCAUCAGUGAGAUGGCUGGUGGAGAGAACUUUCUAGGUUGCGACAUGCCAUCCUUGGUGGUGGUAGAUCAAGCGGCACAUCGGCCAGCGCAUCUGCGAGUGCAUCACCGUCGCGUAGUCGGUCGCGGAGCCCGUCGCGUAGUUGUUCCCGUAGUCGCUCCCGUAGUCCAUGACGGUGACAAUCUCACGGAUGACCCGGAGUGCUGUGCUUACAGUGAUCGUGGAGAAGGCCUCCCAAAUGUACAAGAGGGAGCUCGGAUCAUUUGUUCAACAUUCCAGCAGAGGCUUGAUCCAACAGGGGGUAGUUGGAAGAGCCUAAGCGACGCGACUGUGGACUUUUACUGGAGAGAGUUUCAGUAUUGGAAGUCACCAAAGUUUUUGGCAUCCUCCAAGCAAAACAAGAAAAAUCGGCGUGGUGGUGACGAGAAUGCCCCUGCUAGUUCCACGCACACCGGUGGUCCAUUGUCUUUUCGCGAGACUCAAGCGCGCCUUGGUAAAAGUGGAAAGGCUUCUGACUUGUACUCUCCGUACACACACACACACAUACGAAGAAACAUGAUGGAAAGACCUACGUCAAUAAAAAGGCAGAAGAAGUAUCAGUAAGUGACAAUGAAUAUAUAUAAUGUAU